CCCAAAGUGAGAGCCCAAACUUUGAUUGUCUCAUCUUCUUCCUCAGGUUCCUCGUUUCACCAAAAGCUUUGUUAGUCUCCAUCCUUCUCCCUCCCUCUGGAUCAAAGCGGUCCGAGUCAUGGAAGAACUAAGUCAAACCGAUGUUGUUUACUCGCCACGGUCGUCGCUUCAACUGUGGAAUGUUUUUGUCAACUGGCUCGAUUUUUUCUACCAGUUCUUUCUUAAGAUCCUCCGUCCCCUCGCUCACCACCCUUUUCUCUCUUCCAAAGCCAUCUCCGAUGGGUUUAAGCCCUUGCCGGUCAUCGAGUUACCGGAGAUGGCGGCGGAACCACCCGUCACCACCAUAGAAAUCGCCUCCGGGAGAACUUCUAGCGAAGGAGAAGUCGGCAGCAUCCAGAGACUCAUGGUAGUUCUGGACUUGGAUGAGACAUUGGUUAGUGCGUAUGAGACAUCUAGUCUACCUGAUAAUUUACGUACACAAGCUAUUGAAGCUGGAUUAAAGUGGUUUGAGCUGGAGUGCAUAUCAUCAACAAAGGAAUGCAAUGGGGAACCUAAAAUCAAUUAUGUUACAGUGUUUGAACGUCCAGGGUUACAUGAAUUCUUAGAGAAACUCAGCCAAUUUGCACAUCUUAUUGUAUUUACCGCUGGUCUUGAAGAUUAUGCAAGACCGCUUGUGGACAAAAUAGAUACGAAGCAUGUAUUGAACGAGAGGCUGUAUCGACCUUGUACUGUCAGCACGCAAUAUCGAGAUCACGUGAAGGAUCUACUAUGCACAUCAAAGAAUAUGUGUAGGACAGUUAUAGUAGACAACAAUCCUUACAGUUUUCUAUUACAACCUCUAAACGGGAUUCCAUGUGUUCCGUUUUCCGCUGAACAGCCACAUGAUACUCAGCUACUGGACAUUAUUCUCCCGCUUCUUAAGCAACUUUCAGGAGAAGAGGAUGUAAGAGGAGCUCUUUACGAUAGAUUCCACAUGCCUGAAUGGUUCGAAAAGCAAGGCAUACCAAGGUCAUGCUGGACAUCAUCGCAAUAGCUCACAGUGGAAAAUGUGUUGAUAAGUCUGCUUGGACAGUUGGA